GAAUCACUCCAUAAAAUAGAUUCGCAACUGUGUUUUCCACUUAAUAUUUGGAUGACAUCUACCAUUUUACCAAUAUUUGUGUAAGAGUAAACACAACAAUAUUGUUUUUUUCUUAAUCCUCGAUUUUUUCUCUCUAAUGGCUUAAGUUCCCUUCCCUUCCAUUAUUCAUCAAGACCACUCACUUCACUCUACACGUGGUAAGAGAUGAAUAACUUGUGGCAACAAAUGUCACUUAAUGGAGCUCUGUUAGCUUCCUUCAUUUCCCUUGUCUUUCUUACCAUCGUUCUCAUUGUGCUGCUUUUUUUAUACUCUAAUCUAAAAUUGCCUACUAUUCCUUCAUCGGCAUGUAGUUCUCUUUUAAUCACUUGUUGCUUCCCCUACCAUAAGAAAACUUUGCAGUCUCCCCUCUAUCUCUUUUAUUGCGAUCGAAUUCCAAAUAAUUGCCUGCUGCCAAAAAAUUAAAUAUCAUCUUCAUCUCCGACCACCCUCACUCUCUCAACUGCUACCUGGUUGGCUUUUUGAAUCUGGCUAGCAUCGAGAAUUCGACAUGAACUAAAAGAGCGUCGAUCAAUUGCAUGCAAUUUGAUUGAUUGUCCUUGUUCAUCUUCAUGUCGAACUCUUCUGCCAAUUGUGGUGGCUUCUUCCAAUCAUCCUCUUUUUCUAAUUGCUUGCCAUGUUUUUACGAUUACCCAAUUAGAUUGAAAAUAAAACAGGGUGCCUAGAGUUCGUUACUUAUCCUCGACGGUUCUGGAUUUUGAGAAGCGAAAUCGGCGGGGACGGUGCAAGGAAUUGGCGACUACUGGCUUGCAUAAAUUAUCCUCGACGAUCUGAAUUUUGUGACUACAGGUUUGGGAAACGACAACAGCAGCGAUGCUGCAUAUCGCCAACCCGAGGUGGAGCCUAAUCGUUGACUUUGCUUGGCUAGCCACCAGCCUAUUUGCCGACCGGGAAAGACGGCGAGAGGGUGAAGAGACGCAUAGACGCGGGGAGAAGGUGAGAGGAGGUGAGAGUCUUGAAUUAACGGCUGAGAUGGAAUCUUAGAGUGUGAUGGACGACGAUCCAUAUGGUCUGCAGGAUACUUAUUGUAGACCCGUCCACUUUCCACUGGACCCCUUAAGCAAUUAGGCGCUAUUUAUAUUCUAAUAAUUUGAGAAAUAAUCUAGUGAAAUAACAUUUCAGGUAGCCUUUGUAUUUUGUAAACAAAUUUAAAAGUAGGAAAAAUAGGAUUUUGAUGAUGAAUCCUUCAUCGGUCUUUUUAAAGAUCAUAACAUUCACAAGUCUGUCAGUUAGGAACACCUCCUAUCUCAUGAUUAGCUGGCAAAUAUUAUGGAAAGCCAUGCACGAUGGCCAUGACAUGGUGUUGGACUGUUGGUGCAAAAAUGGAGUGGUGCUAUAGUAAGGAAUAAGAGCUAUACGGUCGGUCGAAUCACGGUGGAGUGAGUGCAACACAACAAGAAAGCUAGGCUAGAGAGCGGGACAAAAACAGAGAGCAACAAAUAUCCUCCUAGCAUAGAGCAAAUCGCCCGUUGUCGAUUGGAACAUUGCUGUUGCUGUACAUGUAAAACGCGAUCAAUUACACCCAAAAAUCCAACGAACCAUCAUCGUUCCCCACGAAACCUGUCCCCGCCUUCUCCGCCCGCCUACCUUUGCCUCUCAUUCAAUUCACCUUCUUCUAUGCGAUUAAAUCACCGCCACCAUCAUCUCAUUUCCCUUCUCCUCUAUUCUGCUCCUGCUCCUUUUUCCUCUACUCUGUUCCCAGUUCCGAAACGACCGGCGGCAAUCGUCUCUGCAGUCGCUUCUUUCUUCUCAACGACAAUGGCGCCCUCUGCCCCGGAAGACGCUUCCCACAAUGCCGCAUUGCUCUCUUCCUCCGGUGUCGGCGGCGCCGUUUCCUCUGUUGCCCAGAAAUCAAGGGUCACCAUUAUCGGAAGUGGUAACUGGGGGAGUGUGGCUUCCAAGCUCAUCGCUUCCAACACAAUCAAGCUCGCUUCUUUCCACGAUGAAGUAAGGAUGUGGGUAUUCGAGGAGAAAUUGCCUAGCGGUGAGAAGCUGACAGAAGUUAUUAACCGAACUAAUGAAAAUGUUAAGUAUCUCCCUGGCAUAAAGCUUGGCAAGAAUGUCGUUGCAGACCCCGACCUCGAGAAUGCAGUGAGGGACGCAAACAUGUUGGUCUUUGUGACCCCUCACCAAUUCAUGGAGGGAAUAUGCAAGAGACUUGUAGGGAAAGUGAAGGAAGGUUCUCAGGCUAUUUCACUCAUCAAAGGAAUGGAGGUUAAAAUGGAAGGCCCAUGCAUGAUCUCCAGUCUAAUCUCUGAGCAGCUCGGUGUGAACUGUUGCGUGUUAAUGGGAGCAAAUAUUGCAAACGAGAUUGCUGUUGAGAAGUUCAGUGAGGCGACAGUUGGAUACAGAGAAAACAGAGAGAUUGCAGAGAAGUGGGUGCAGUUGUUUAACACCCCUUAUUUCAUGGUCACAGCUGUCCAAGAUGUGGAGGGAGUUGAGCUAUGUGGGACCUUGAAGAAUGUGGUAGCACUGGCAGCAGGUUUCGUGGAUGGUCUGGAAAUGGGAAAUAACACCAAGGCAGCAAUAAUGAGAAUUGGACUAAGGGAGAUGAGAGCCUUCUCCAAGAUACUGUUUCCAACUGUUAAGGACAACACCUUCUUCGAGAGCUGUGGGGUGGCAGAUCUCAUCACAACAUGCUUGGGAGGAAGAAACAGAAGAGUUGCAGAAGCAUUUGCAAAGAGUGGAGGGAAAAGGUCCUUCGAUGAGCUAGAGGCAGAAAUGUUGCAGGGUCAGAAGUUGCAGGGAGUUUCAACGGCAAGAGAGGUAUAUGAAGUUCUAUCCAACCGCGGGUGGCUGGAGCUGUUCCCACUCUUUGCAGCAGUGCACGAGAUCAGCAGUGGACGCCUCCCACCUUCUGCUAUUGUUGAGUAUGGCGAGCACAAGCCAAACUUCUCUGCGGUAGAAGGCGCUGCUCAAUACUUCUCUUCGUGAGUGAUGCUGCUAUUAUGCUUGCAAAGACGUUCAAGGUAUGUUGCAAGAAUCUACUGCCCAUCUAAUGCAAAUAUUAUCACUGAAAGCUACAUAUCAGGAAGUACCAAUGCUUGAGUUUGAAACAACUUACCGCAACAGAUUUCUGUGUUCUUUUCUUACAUGUUCUGCACCAGAAAGGCAGAAGUUUAUGCGUUUGUUUAGUGAAACAAUGAUGCAACAGCAUUUUGUUUUAGUGAUUAAUGAUGUAAUAGCAUAAUAGCCCUGCAGAAAAUAGUAAUUAUUGUACCAUACUUCAUUUACACAAUAAGAAUGAAGCUUCUUUUUGCUCUGAAUCCACAGAAAACAUAGAUGACAUUCAUGGUUGGAUUUCAAGAUUAUCCUUGUUUAACGUUUAUUACUUGGCAAUAAAGAUAAAGACUGAUU